AUGCCGGAGUUCAACGCGCACGGCCACGUCCGAACUUGGGCCAAGCCGCCGGAGGAUCAAGUGCAGGAGUUUUUUGACACCUUGGAGGAGAAGUACGUCCGCACCGAACCGCGGCUCGUCCAGGACACCACCCAGGCAGAGCUGGACUACAGCGCCGCCAUGGCGGUGGAGGCAGAGCUCGGCAAGGAGGCCGGCAGCGCCGGCGGCGUGGAGGACAAGGCCACGGUGGCUGCGGAGGAAAAGGAGCUUGCCCAAUGGGCGGAGUCCGCUGGGGAGGCCAACGCUCCCUCGGUGGACCGGGAGGACAUAGAUACCGUCAUCGAGGAUGUCGCCAAGGAUGCCGCGGCGGAGGACAAGAAGAUCACCACCGAGGAGGCCGCCAAGGAUGCUACCGAAGGUGCCACCAAUGGGCAUGCUAGGGAGUCCGGCAAGGCUGCUGCCAAGGAGGCCGACAAGGCCGCUGCCGAGGAGGAGGCGGUUGAUGACCAACCUUCCGCCUCCGCUGCCUCUGGCUCAGGGACGGCGAGCACCGGGGCGCCCGUCGAAGCUGAGGUGUUCGAUGAUGAAGUGCUCGCCGCCGCCGGGCUUGAGGUCGUUGCCGAGCCAAGCGCCGGUGGCGGCGGUUCCCAGGAAGAGCGACUCCUCCAGGCCAAGGGUGCCAACUUCCAGAAGCUCCGGGCGCUUCACCGCGCUCGCCUGGACAAGGCCCACAAGGACCCGAGGGCUGCCCAGGACGUGCUGGCUGAGCGCGACCUGGCGCUCGUCAUGAAGCAGGCCGACAUCGAGAAGGCCGAGGAACUGGUGAAGCAGGAGGCCGCUCAGGCCGAGGCCGCUCGGGAUCUGGAGGCCGAGAAGCAGCAGCGGAAGAACAAAGCCGGCAACCACAAGGAUUUUGUGGAAGGCGAGAACCGCUGGAUCGGCCGCCUUGAAGAUGUCGCUGGCAGGAUCACAACGCAGCUGGCCACCAUGGGGAUGGCGAGUGUGAGGUACACCCCGAAGCGCAACGCGAGCCCCAACGCCAGCUGA